UAGCAUCCAGCAUCCGGUCCUGAGCGCAGAAUGCUGAGCUUUCCCCGGGCCACUCACACCCCCUCCUCCGUCCUCUCCAUCUUCUUGCUGAGGGUUCCUGGCUCUGUGCUUCCUCUUGGCCCAUCUCACUUCCUGAAACACCCUGCCCGACGAGGGCUGCUUAUCUCGAUGGAGCUUCGUGAGCCCUAUGGACAGGGGGAGGCGGAGCCCCUGAGCGCGUCUAUCUGGGGAACUAAGAGCAGCGGCUCUUUCAGAUUCAGCUCGAGGAGCUUUGGGGAGCCCGGGGAUGUGUGGCCGGCAGAAGGGCUGGAAGUGAGCCCUGUGACGGGCUCUCUCUAGAGAGCGGACGUCCUCCAGGGGAGCGCCCCACCAGAGAACAGAAGGCAUGGGCGAGUGGUGAGCAUCUUAACCAUUAGGCGGCGGCUGCUGCACCUGGACCUCCAGGAAGAGCUGGACUCCCCGGCCCGCCUGGAGCCUGUUUGUGCACCUGCCACCUGGGAGACGCCCCUGGGAGACCAAGAUGCCUGACCACAGCACCACCCUGACGUUGGCCAACAUAGCCUACAUCGCCAUGGAGAUUGUCAUCGGGCUCUGCGCCAUCGUGGGCAACGUACUGGUCGUUUGGGUGGUCAAGCUGAACCCCAGCCUGCAGACCACCACCUUCUAUUUCAUUGUCUCCCUGGCCCUGGCGGACAUUGCUGUUGGGAUGUUGGUCAUGCCCCUGGCCGUGGCCAUCAGCCUGGGCAUCAGGGUCCACUUCUACAGCUGCCUUCUCAUGACCUGCCUGCUGCUGGUCUUCACGCACGCCUCCAUCAUGUUCUUGCUAGCCAUCGCUGUGGACCGAUACCUGCGGGUCAAGCUCACGGUCAGAUCCAGGAUUGCUGAGACCCCUGGGUGCCUCUGGCCACUGGAGGCUCAUUUCCGUUCAGCCAUGGGGCUCUUCGUUCUGCUCUCCCUGACUGUCCUUUCAGAAGCCAUGGUCAUGGACAAAAAGCUCAAGGAGAGCUCUGUGCUGGACACGAUGUCUGCCGUCUGCAGCUACGCCGCCCACUACAAGGACCACCUCAAGUACUGGUGCCGAGGCUACUACCGGGACUACUGCAGCAUCAUCGCCUUCACCCCCAACAGCACCGGCCGCGUGGCCCUGAGGGACACGGGGGAGCAGCUCAUUGUCACCGUGCCCUGCCUGACCAAAGAGGACGCGGGCUGGUACUGGUGCGGCAUCCAGCGGGACUUUGCCCGGGAUGACAUGGACUUCACCGAGCUGGUCGUGACUGACUCCAGAGGAGCCCACACCGGUGACUUUUGGUCUAUGAAGGAUGCGCCAAGGAACACGAACAGAAGCUGCAGGGCUUCCAAACUUGUGUACAAGGCAGAUCACUACUGGAUGUCCAUUCUCAUCACCUGCGUACUGAUCACAGCCGUGGGGAUCAUUUCUCUAACGACUCACUUGUUCAGAAGGAGGAGGGGCCAAAGAAGCAGAAGUAAGCAGUGGUUGGGAGGGGGGUGGGGGGUAGUGUAGGGGAAAGAAAAGGGGAGCAGCUUUCAAAUGGGUCAACGUGACCUCUUCUUAUGGCCUGGACCCCUGGAAGCCAAUGCAGCCGGCCAGGGGCUCAGGGAGGUCCUGCUUCGUGGUGACAAAGGCAUCAUGAGUUGUGACAGAGACAGCGCUGUCCCCUCGUAAGCGGGGGGGUGUGUGGACCAGGGAGGAGGGCGGCCCGGAGACAGCCACAGCACAGCUGCCAUGACGAGGGGCCACCUCCCUGCCCAGCACCCAAGCUUUGGGAGCAGCCUUCCUCUUGAAACAUUUCGUUCUCUCUGGAGGGACUGGAAGCCACGCCUCCUGUCAAAGGGAAGCCCCAGGGGGGAGGGGGCAUAGAAAGGCCACCUUGAGAAGGGUCAGGCGUGGAAGAGGAUGGGACCACCAGCCUCAACCCUAGUCCGGGGUCCUUGAAGCCUCUGCCUUCGGGCGAUUACAGGUAAAGGCCUAGCUCGAAGCCAGAACACCAGGCAAGCUGCUUCUGCGUUCGCCACGCCUCUGGUAGGUUCCCUCCUUGGCUCUU